AUGGUUCUCCUACACAUUGAAUAUGUCUCCCACGCCACCAUUCCGUAUCUCGUGCAGGGAGACUUUCGUGUAUUUACGGCACCCAAUGAUCGACGCACGCAAUACAAUGGCAAGUGUCGAGACACCUCAGAGGUUGAGGGUGUACUAGCAGAUGUGCUUGAGUUUUAUGGUCUCCUUGAUGCCACACCGAGUGUUGCUGAUGUAAUGGACACUGAGGAGGGAAGCCUCUGUUAUACUUAUGAUGUUGGUGUAGUUGAAUGA